AUGACAAAGGUGUACCCAAACGCUGCCAAUGCCAAAAUUGCCCUUGCCUACGAGCCUGAGAGGCUCAAGCUUUCUGGUUCCGACCAGGAGGAUGCGACGGUGCUGACCGUGUGGAAGAAGUCUUUGCUGCUCAACUGCAAUGGCUUCACCGUGUUCGACAACAAGGGCAACUUGGUCUUUAGGGUUGACAACUAUUUGGCUGGUCACAAGGGUGAGAUCGUCCUCAUGGACGCCUGCGGCAAGCCUCUCCUCACCAUCCGCCGCAAGCGGCUGAGCUUGGGGGACAACUGGAUGGUGUACGACGGAGAAACGGCGGUGAACCCGCGGUUCUGCGUGAGGAAGAACGUGAGCAUCCUCAACAACAACAAGUGUUUGGCGCACGUGACCUCCGCCAACAAUGGUAAAGGCGAGUCCAAAAAUUACGACAACAAAAACGCGAUGCUCUAUCAGGUGGAAGGGUCGUACGGGCAGCGGUGCUGCGCGGUGCACGACAACAAGAGGAGGAUGGUGGCGGAGAUCAAGAGGAAGGAGGCGGCGGUGGGCGGAGUUGCCCUCGGAGUCGACGUCUUCCGCCUCAUCGUGCAGCCCGAUAUCGACACGUCGGUGGCCAUGGCCUUCGUCAUCUUGCUUGAUCAGAUGUACGGGACGUCGUCGUUUUCGCGGCGAUCAAUUUGA